GGUAAUAGGAGCAGAUCUCAUAUCUUACUUUUUGAUUUUUAUUGCCACAGGUUACCGAAUAAGGUAGAGUGUCAUGAUAGCGCAGAUAAACUGAUCAAUCAAUUGGACUGCAGUUAACACCUCAGGGAAUGGACUCUUUGUGAUGUCUAGUGUUGAUCUGUCAGCGUUUUUUUUUAUUAAAUUUCAUUAUAUUACUGCAGACUGAAGUUGAAAGAUAGCUCUCAGUAGGUGGGGUUCCGUUGUUUCUCUGAGCUGAGAGGCCGUAUAGUGAAUGUGAAUUGCACUGUAGGCUGCUACACCAGCUGAUGGACACCAACGAUAAGGAACUGGCUAUGCGGAAGCUCCAACAGGAAGUCCAGUGUAAAAAGUUGACAAAGCUAGCUAUCAGCUAGCAAACGCUGGUGGCUUUUAUUUAAUUCAGAGAGCAGCAUUGAUAUCAAACUUGAUGACAGCACCGAGAAGCCGUCUGCUUUGCCAUAUGAGAUAAAUACGCAAAAUGGAGGACUCCAGCAGCAGCAAGCCAUUGAUGGUGACGUCCUCUCUGAACUUCAAAGUCACCACCCCGACUUUCUACAACCAGCCAAAGAAGUUUGCCUCUGUGGCACCACCACGGCCCAAAAGUCUGACGCCUCCCUCCGCUCCAUCACCGACGCCAAUAGGCACAGCUGUGAUUGGUCGAGUGGGAGAUCUGCCUCCGCCGCCCCCGUCGCUCUGUGAUGACUUCCCGCCCCCUCCUCCUCCUCCUCCUCUGGAUGAUGAUUUGCCAGCCCCUCCCCCCGAAUGCCAAACCACCUCCCCUCCUGCCUUCCCCGCUCCACCUCCAGUAGCAGACGACCUGCCCCUCCCAGCUCCCCCCGAGGAGAUUGACUGUCCGCCCUCCUGCCCGUCUCCCCCUCCUCCCCCACCCCCUCCACCUCCACCUCUCCCUGCCUCCGGUACCAGUAUUCCCAAUGCUGCUGGAAACUCACAGAGGCUGGUGGAGAAGCAGACAAGCUUCGAACAACAGCUCGACUCUCUAACUGGCUUGCUGUCUGAGAUGGAGACCAGGGGACCGUUCAACCCUAAGUUACCGAGCCAGUAUUCUUCAGCGCCAGCACCCAAGCCUUCAGCUCCUCCUCCGACCGCUCCUAAACCAGCGCUCUCCUUCCUCCCACCCCCUGAGAUGGGAGACCGCCCGCCACCAGCACCCUGGGCAGAAGAACUCAAAGCCAGAACAAACCGACAAGCCAAUCACAACUCUGCUCCUCAGCCGUUAGCUAAGGCCCCGGCUGUGGCCCCGAAGUCUGGCUUCGGAGGGAGAACGGCAACGUCAUCAACCUCUCUGGCACAAAAACUGAACCAGAACCUGAACCAGAACACCGCCCCAAUCAGUGUUGCACCAAAACCUUCCCCUCCAUCUGCCAGCAGCUCUUUCCCUCCACCUCCUGCAGCUCCCCCUGCACCUCCUACCUUACCAAACAAUAUGGCAGCUGCCCCGGCCUCUAAUCACAUAAAGAGUUCCCCCUUUGCCAGUCAGGUGAAUGCAAACCAAAACCCUCCUGCUGCUGUGCCUCCUCCUCAACCCAAGAUGAUGGUGGCAUCUCCCCCUGCCUCUUUUAACCAGCCAAUGAAAACUCCUCCUGCAUCAACACAGUCCUCACCCCCUGGCCCAGUUGCUAUCCCAGGUGGAGGAGUUCCACUGAAUAUGAGGGAAGUGGAGGAGCUGGAGAGAAUGACCAAGGACUUCAUUAAAGACAUGGACACACACGCACCGGUCAUCACCUCCCCUCCUACAGAGGUCUGUGGGAAGUGUGGCGAGGCUCUGUCCCGCACCCAGCCAGCAGUGAGGGCCAUGGAUAAACUCUUCCACUCAAACUGCUUCUGUUGCAUGAGCUGUCAUCGCCCCCUGCAGGGCAUGCAGUUCUAUGACCGGGAUGGCGCACCUCAGUGUGACGACUGCUACACGAGUUCCCUGGCAGUGUGUUCCCGAUGUGGGGAGAGGAUCACAGACCGUGUGCUGAAGGCAGUGGGCCAGUGUUUCCACUCCCACUGUUUCCGCUGCAGCACCUGUUCCUGCACACUUGAGGGGGCGCCCUUCAUCACUGAUGACAACAACAACCCCUACUGUGUCCAGGAUUACCACAGGCGUUUCUCCCCUCUGUGUGUGAGCUGCAAUGACCCCAUUAUUCCAGCCCAGGGCAGCGAGGAGACCGUCAGAGUGGUGGCUCUCGACAAGAACUUCCACCUCAAGUGUUACCGUUGUGAGGAUUGUGCUCGCCCUCUCUCCAUAGAAGCGGAUGAAAAUGGCUGCUAUCCAUUGGAUGGGAAGAUCCUGUGCAUGAAGUGCCACACCCAGCGAGCCAAGCAAGCUGCGCAGUGAUUGGCUGAAGCGGCGUAACUCAGAUUAACUAUGAACCAAAAUCCAAAAGCACAGGAUUCAUUCAGCUGCCGUUUUGCCUUUGCAACAGGGCUGUAUUCAAUAUAUGUGCGCAGGUGUGAGUGUGAAUGUGCUGUGUGGAAAGGUAUGUUUGCAUGCAAGUACAGUGUAGUAUUCCCUCGUCUUUGUUCACUUCAGUGCAGAAGUAAUGUACUGCAUUGAAAUAAACUCCCCUCAUCUUUUAUUCCCAAUCUCAAACGCUCCAAUCUCUCGUCUAGUCCUCUUUAUGUACUAGAACGUGUUUUUUGUGCCAAUUCUAUGUUUACGCUUAAAUUUCCAGCAGAACUUGCACAAGAAUAGUUUGGGCAAAAGAACAGUCUGAUGAAUAUAAAGUUGCCUUUCUUUGUUAGUAGCACCAUAGACUGAGAUAUUUCCAUCUAAAGACUUUGACUGGCUGGUCUAUUUCCCUAUGAGCAUCGUACCUAUAGUGAUGAUACUGAGACAGAUUGUUACCAUAGGGUGAGGAGUACCAGAGACCUCCCAUUCAACCACUCUGCAGAUUUCACCACUCUGCUUGGCUGUUGGUAGAGCAUAUCUUUAACACUUUGGCAGUUGUUGUGCCUGCAAGCAUGGUUAAUUAUGCUUUCCUGCCUAGAAAGUGCUUCAUAUCAGCCAACUCUACAGCAUUCUACAGUCAUCUCGGGCUAAACGUUGGCUGCAAAAAAGAAAAAAACAGUAAAUGUUGCUCUUAGUUUUUUGUGAUGUGAAUUUGAUCAUUUACAGGCAUGCUUAGAAAUAUGUCGUGUUGCUCUCUCUCUUCUUUGAUCAUACAGACUGUAUAAGGGCAAGAUUAGAACAAAAAGCAGCCAUUUUCCUCUCUAGAAUGGUCUGGAGCUGAUUUAGCAGUGUGUUUUAAGAUGCAUGCUUUUUAGAUGCACAACUUUUGAUCAAAUAGACGAGCACAGAUUCCAUUCCAGGGAUCGCAUAAUCGCAAAAAAAAGAAACGUGGUUAUAAAUGUCAGCUGCAUGGCUGAAAGCAGGACCUAUCAUGUGACCGUUGCACAGUUCCAUAGUGAAGUAAAAUAGCCUUUAAGUGUCACUUUGACUCUAAAGCCCCCCUGCACAUGAUCAAUUUUGUAUUAGUAGACACCAUCUAGAAACACAAUAGUAGUUUUUGAUAUGAAUUUCCUUGGAAUCCCUUGCUUUAGGUAAUAUAAUUUAUAGAUCUUUGUUUUAUUAAGUAGUAAGGUUAAACUGUAUGUGUACCAGUACUAAAAUAACCUGUCAUUAAAGCAGGAUAAUAGAUCAGUAGAGGCGUUAGCUUAGAGUUUUAAAUAACAAUGUUAAAACACAGUGAUGAAAUAUUUCAUUGCUGUUGGCAGGAUUAAUAAAAUAGUUACAUGAGGUUCAAUGUUUUGACUUUCAUGUAUGUUUUUCUCACUUCUUUUGUGUUUGAGCCCAGUUUUCUGGUCUUGAUCUAUUCCAUUGUUACAGUAAAUACCACUAUUCUUUCUAUUAUUCAUCUUUUGUACUUAAGUCUGAUCAUGUUGGUUAUAUACUAUUUUAUUCUUAUCUUACUGUACUGUAUUUCAUUCAUAAAUGCUUAAAAUUUAUUGUUUUCAUUUUGAACCUGGAGAUGUGCCUUCUCCACCAUUGUAUCCCAUUGUUCCUUUAAAAUUGAGCCUUAUUUGCA